AUGAAUGCACACCAAUUGCGACGAGUACCUCUGGUCAAGUGGCCUGUUUCACCUUCACCCUGCAGACGCGCAUCGAGCAAAGUACCUCGCGAUCAAAUUCCAAUCUUAAGGAGAAACCAUCCUCUUGGCAACACACAAAAUGCCUCACUGGAGUCCAAAAGGACCGUAAAGCCUAAAAGGCGUGAAUUCCCCCCAAAGGCACAGUCACAGUCCUCCAAAGAUGACACCAAUCCAGAGACGAAGGAGAAAAAGAGCAAACAUGGAAUCCCUCCAACAGCUCUGGCCUUUAUGGGUAUUACAGCCCUUGCAAUUAGCACCUACAGCAGCUACCUAUACGUCUCAUACAAGCGCGAAGUGAGUAAAAGCCAAGCGUUGGUCGUAUCAAACGACGUCUCAGACAGAUACAACAAAACAGCCAGCACAUUCGACGCAGACGUCGAGAUCUCAGAGAAAUUCAUGCAGCUGGGCAGCAAGCGCAAAGACUUAAUCCGACAUGCUCGCGGCAACGUUUUAGAAGUGAGUUGCGGUACAGGCCGUAAUCUACCAUACUACCUCCUCGGCGAGCGAAGGGGCAUCAACGAAUUCCACCACCACGUCGAAGUAAACGGUUGUCGGUCCAUUACAUUCACAGAUCUAAGUCCUCAAAUGGUCGCAAUCACGAAACAAAAGUUCGAAUCCAUGUAUCCGGAUUACGAUCGUGUAUCUUUCCAAUCCGUUGACGCGGGCUCUGUCUCGCCCCCGCCUGCUGGAAAGGGUGAUCCACCGCGCUACUUUGAUACCAUUGUUCAGACCAUGGGUCUUUGCUCGAUGCCAGAUCCUGUUGCGACGCUGCGUCAUCUUGGGUCCAUUACUGAGCCCGGGAAUGGUCAGAUCUUGCUUCUGGAGCAUGGUCGUUCGAGGUGGGAUUGGGUUAAUGGGAUUCUGGAUAACCUUGCGCCCGCUCAUGCGGAUCGUCAUGGGUGUUGGUGGAAUCGCGAUAUUGGAGCUAUUGUUAGGGAGAGUGGAUUGGUUAUUAUUGAGGAGAAGCGUUGGCAUUUUGGGACAACUUAUCGUUAUGUUUUGAGGCCCAAGGGGAGUUCUGAGUGA